UAGCUAAAGUGAAGCGUGAAGGUUGUUGUUUACAGUAAAUUCUAAUUAAAUUCGUAUUUUAAGUUAAAGAUAGCAACAUAUUAAAUACUCAUGGGUCUGCGUAGUUCUAAACAUAAAAGUAAUAGCUAUGAUAUAGCUCCGGUGGUAUCAAAUAAAGACUUUAGCUACAAAAAACAUCCUAGACCAUUGCCUAAAGUAGAACUGCCAGCCGUUGCUGUUAUCGAGGAAGAAAAUGAGGAACAAACUGAUAUUGGUAAAGAGGAAGUAAAAACACUUUCAGCAGUAGAAACAACAUCAACAGAAGCUAUUGCAAAAGAAGAAGUUCAAGACAUUCGUGUUCCAGAAUGGGUUAAUGCAGUAAACUUUAAAAAGCUACUGCUUAAAACACAUCCCAAUGUUAUAGAGAUUACGGCCUUUAAGGCUUUUCCCGCCAUGGCUGCUGGUGAAAAUUAUGCCACUCUUAUGCUGAGAGUUAAAAUGACUGCGAAAUUUCAGGAUGAUUCAACCAAAGAUUUCUCCUACAUGCUGAAGGUGCCUCAUGACACUAAGGAAAUGAAGGAAAUGUUACAGGCCAUGAAUUUCUUUACAACCGAAAAUACUGUCUAUACUGAAGUCAUGCCAGAGUUGGAAGAAAUGUAUCGCCAGGCAGGUGUUGAUAUUACAUUUGGUGCUAAGUCCCAUAGGCUAGAUCUUGAGGACUCUAACAUACAUUAUGUUUUGUUGGAUGAUCUAAGUGUGGAUGGCUUUAAAAAUGUCAAUCGUUUGGAGUGCUUAAAUAUGGAACAUACAUUAGGUGUGUUACGUAAAAUGGCACAAUUUCAUGCUGCUUCAGCUUGUCGUGUGGCAAAGAGCGGAGCUUAUCCUCCAGUUUUUUCACCCGAUAUGGAUAAUGAAAUGGCUCGUGCUGUAAUGCAGCAAAUGUUUAUGGCUUUUAAGAAACCAUUUUUGAAUCAUUUAAAGACUUACGAUAAUGGGGAGAAAUAUUAUGAUUUAAUGGACCAAUUCUUUGACAAUUUAAUCGAGCUGUUUGUUCGUAGUCGAAAACUCUUGCCCGGCUACUUUACUGUGCUUAAUCAUGGCGAUUCGUGGUCCAACAAUAUUCUCUUUAAAUACGCUAAUGAUGGCAAAUUAGAAGAGACUUUGUUCGUAGAUUUCCAAAACACCAAUUGGGGUUCACCAGCUAUGGAUUUAUACUAUUUUAUUAUUUCCUCAGUACAAAUUGACAUAAAACUCUCACAAUUUGACUAUUUUAUACGUUACUAUCAUGAACACUUAAGCAGCAAUUUAAAACUAUUGGACUAUCCCCUGGAUAUACCAAAUCUUAGAGAAUUCCAUAUGCAAAUGCUAGAUUUUGGUUCAAUGGCUACCAUGACAUCCUUCUUUACCCUGGGAGUUGUUUUGCUAGAUCCUACUGACAGUGCUAAAUUUGAAAAUUUCUUGGGUGAUACAGAUGAAAGUAACAAUUUUAAGAAUGCCAUGUAUUCGAAUGAACGUUAUCGUAAAUACAUUAAUGAAAUCUUACCUUGGCUGCAUAAUCGCGGUUUUAUGGAAAUAAAUCUGACUGAUUUAGAUAACAGAAUUGCGGCGGCUGAUAAGUUAAAAGAAUCAAUGACAACCGUUUCUGUACAUACAACUGAACAAGCACAAAAUACUGAACCAUUGAGGAACUCUUAUCCAGAAUGGGUUAAUGAAUCGUUAUUUAUUGAUAUCGUACGUGCCGAUUGCGAGAAUUAUCAGAAAAUACUUAAGUUUAACGUUAGUCCAGCAACUAGUGCUGGUGAUAAUUAUUCAUCGAUAAUGUUACAAGUAGACAUUGACAUUGAACUUACAGACCAUACCACCCGUAGUCUAUCGUACAUGUUGAAAAUACCUCCACAUGGUGAACAAGCUAAAUCUAUCAUUGCCUUGCUUCAUGCAUUUGAAAAAGAAACAACAGCAUACAAUAGUAUUAUACCAAAAAUUGAGAAAUUUUACAAAGAACAAGCUGGUGUCGAUAUAGUAUUUGGUCCUAAAAGCUAUAAUCUGCCCAAAGACACACAAUGUGAGACAUUAGUACUGGCAAAUCUUAGAAGUAAAGGCUUCAAAAACUGUGAUCGUCUGGAGGGUUUAGAUAUGGAACACACUAAAGCAAUUUUGAAAAAACUUGCCGAAUUUCAUGCAGCCUCUGCCUGUUUAUUUGAAACCAAUGGAAAAUUCCCUGAAGUUUAUGAACGUUCCGUAUAUACAGAAGAUACUAGAGAGAUGAGAGAGAAAAUGGCAGACUCAUUCUUGAAAAUAUAUUUGGAAUGUGUAAAGCAAUAUGAGGGUAAUGAGGAAUAUAUUAAAAAUGUGGAAGCAUUUUUAGAAAACUCUACCACUUACUUGGUUAAUGCCAGUAAAAUUAACUGGAAUAAAUUCAAUGUUCUUAAUCAUGGAGAUUGUUGGACCAAUAAUAUCAUGUUCAAACAUGACAAUGAAGGAAAUAUUGUUGAUACUUACUUUGUGGACUUUCAGUUAGUUAAAUACGAUACACCCUGUUAUGAUUUAUAUUACUUUUUAUUAACCUCCCCGAAGUUGGAGAUAAAAUUGCAGCAUUUUGACUAUUUCAUACGUUAUUAUCAUGAAAAUCUUAAGGCUAAUUUGGAAUUAUUGAAAUAUCCCAAAGAUAUUCCCAGUCUAAAAGACUUGCAUAUGGAAAUGUUAGAAAAUGGAACUUGGGCUAUGAAUAGCAUAAUGGGUAUUAUGGCAGCUGUUUUAUUGGAACCUAGUAAUAAACCCAGUUUAGAGAAAAUGAUGAGUAACGAGGAUGAAGGUCUAGCUUUUAAAAAACAAAUGUUUUUAAAUAAACGCUACCGUUCUCAUAUCGAAGCCAUUUUACCUUGGAUGAACAGAAGAGGUCUUUUAAAUUUUAAUUUGUAAAUUAUUGGGAAAAUAAAUAAUGAUAACAAAACUAAAUUCCCAUCAUGGAUUCAGCCAGCACUCUUUGAAGGUCUCUUAAAAAAUGUAAAUAAUGAUUUUGCAGAAAUAUUAGAUUUCAGUGUUGAUAAUGCUUUAGCACCUGGAGAAAAUUAUGCUACUGUUAUGUUAAAGGUGGAAAUUAAUAUGAAGUUAAAAGAUGCCACCACCAAAUCUAUUAGUUUCAUGCUGAAAAUUGGCCACGAUACCGAAACCUUUCAAGAUUUAAUGAAAAAUCAUAAUGUGUUUGCUACCGAAGCCGGAAUGUAUCGUGACUUUGUACCAGAAUUUGAACAAAUCUACGCUGAGGCUGGGGUCAAGGUGAUAUUUGGUGCCAAAUCCUACCAAUUACCCAUCGAACAAAACUACAUUCUAUUGGAGAAUCUCAAAGUACAGGGUUUUAAAAAUACAAAUCGUUUAGAUGGUCUAGACAUGGAACAUACUAAAAGUGUAUUGAAAAAAUUGGCGCAAUGGCAUGCUGCCUCAGCAGUGAGAGUUGCUCAAAAAGGGCUCUAUCCCAGAGAGUUUUGCACGGCUUUCAUUAAGCACGAAGGCUAUGAUCUAAUAAAAAAUAUGUUCGACGGUAGUACAAAACCUCUUUUGGAAUGUAUUAAAGAGUACUGCAACUCUGAGUUAUAUUACGAUAAAGUAGAAAAAUUACAAAAUCAAAUAACUGAUGAAAUCUUUAAGCACCCGGAAGCCGAUCCGAAUGAAUUUAAUGUUCUAAAUCAUGGCGAUUGUUGGUCAAACAAUAUCAUGUUUAAAUAUGAUGAUCAAGGGAAUAUUGCAGAGACUUAUUUGAUUGAUUUCCAAAUGCCACGUUAUGCUACACCUGUCCAUGAUCUUUUGUAUUUUCUGCUAUCGUCCACAAAAUUGGAAAUAAAGUUAAAGGAAUUUGAUUAUUUCAUUAAAUUCUAUCACGAUCAUUUAGUAGAAAGUUUACAAAUACUUCACUAUAGCAAAGCCAUACCAAGUUUAAAGGAUAUUCACAAAAUGAUUUAUAAAUAUGGAGUAUGGGGUUAUGUAACAACUACCAAUGUUAUGGCUGCUGUACUCUGUGAUCCCACCGAUAAUGCCAGUUUGGAUAAUUUUAUGAAUGACUCCGAAGAAGGUGUUACUUUUAAGAAACAAAUGUAUUCGAAUGCUCGUUAUCGUAAACAUAUGGAGGCCAUAUUCCCUUGGCUAUUAUACAAAGGCCUUUUGGAUUGUUAAUUGAUUUUGAUUGUAGCAACAAUGAUACAACUUUUGUUGUUAACAGUUGCUAAAGAGAUGGGUUUUUAUAGUACCUAAAUAAAAAUAAUACUACUUGAUAAAUGUUUACAAUUGAUAAGAAAUACUUCGUUAUUUAAUUAUUAGCUGGAUAGAUAAAUAAAUAAAUUGUUAAUUACCUAA